AAGAACCCGUAGACACAUACAAAUAGUUGAAAUCAUUCACCAGCUUUCUCAGACACACACCAAAGCAAAAAUCAAGAAAGAAAAAAAAAUGGCAUUUUUUCUAAACAUUUUUCUUCUAGCAGUUCUUGUAAUGAUCAUCCUCUUAAUUAUAUCUUCAUAUUCAACAAAAAAGAUCCAAGAAACCACCGCAAAUGGUCCAAGAGCGUAUCCACUCAUUGGCUCCACACUCUCUUUCAACAAAAACCGUCACCGUCUUCUCCAAUGGUACACCGAGCUCCUCCGUCUCUCUCCGUCACAGACCAUCUCAAUUCCUCUCCUUGGAAACCGUCGCACCAUCGUCACAGCUAACCCAGAAAACGUAGAAUACAUUCUCAAAACAAAAUUCUUCAACUUCCCAAAAGGGAAACCUUUCACCGAUCUUCUCGGUGAUCUCCUCGGAAAAGGCAUUUUUAACGUCGACGGUCAUGCAUGGAGCUCGCAGCGUAAACUCGCCAGCCACGUGUUUUCUGCUCGUUCGCUCAGGAGUUUCUCUUUCGAGGUUCUUAAGGAAGAGGUCGAGAACCGCCUCGUACCGGUGCUUUUGGCGGCGGCUGAUGCUGGUACGGCAGUUGACUUGCAAGAUGUUUUGAAACGUUUUGCUUUCGAUGUUGUUUGUAAAGUCUCUUUGGGUUGGGAUCCGGAUUGUUUGGAUUUGACCCGUCCCGUUAACCCACUAGCCGAGGCCUUUGAUACGGCUGCUGAGAUUAGUGCUCGCCGUGCGACGGAGCCGGUUUACGCUGUUUGGAAAGUGAAGAGAGCGUUGAACGUGGGAAGCGAGAGGAGGUUGAGAGAAGCGAUUAGGACCGUACACGUGUUGGUGUCCGAGAUUGUCAGAGCUAAGAGGAAGAGUCUUGAGAUAGGGACCGGAGAAGAAGCCAAACAAGAUCUUCUGUCGAGGUUUCUAGCCGCCGGCCACGACGGAGAAUCGGUGAGAGACAUGGUUAUUAGUUUCAUCAUGGCGGGAAGGGAUACGACUUCUGCGGCGAUGACGUGGCUGUUUUGGUUGUUGUCUGAAAACGGUGACGUGGAGAGGAAGCUUCUAGAGGAAGUGGACCCGUUGAUAAGUUUAGGGCUAGGGUUUGAGGAACUGAAAGAGAUGAGCUACACGAAGGCUUGCUUAUGUGAAGCCAUGAGGCUUUAUCCACCUGUGUCGUGGGACUCUAAGCAUGCUGCAAACGACGACGUUUUGCCUGACGGCACACGUGUUAAGAAAGGAGAUAAGGUGACUUAUUUCCCGUACGGUAUGGGGAGGAUGGAGAAUCUGUGGGGGAAGGACUGGGAUGAGUUUAAACCAAGCCGGUGGUUUGACUCUAAACCUGGGAGUACACGGCCGGUUUUGAAACCGGUUAGUCCUUUCAAGUUUCCGGUUUUCCAGGCUGGACCCAGGGUUUGUGUAGGGAAGGAGAUGGCGUUCAUGCAGAUGAAGUACGUGGUAGGUUAUGUUUUGAGUCGGUUUGAGAUUGUAACGGUUAAUAAGGACAAGCCGGCUUUUGUUCCUCUUUUGACAGCUCAUAUGGCUGGUGGACUCAAGGUGAAGAUCAAGAGGAGGGAAGUCAUGUCACAUCCUUGACCAUGCACGCACGGUUUAAUAGAAUCAUUUAGAAAACGUACAAUGAGUGAAUUUGUAUACUAGUACGGCAAACUCGUGCAAAAAAUAUUAUCUGUAGAUUCCUAAGGCUUGAAAACAACCGGUAUUUGUUUUCACCAACCUACUAUUGUUUUAAAGAAACCAGUAAAAAUCAGAAAUUAAUAGGAGCAAUUGGGUCAGACAACCAAAUCAAAUUGGAAUGAGUAAACCGAUCACAACCAAU